AUGGAGACUGAAGGCUCAGAGGCGAGCAACCCCUAUUCAGUAGAAGGCGACAGCCUGCUGCUGGACCUGGACGUGUGUGACGCUGACAGCUGCGACAUCCCAGACCCAGGGCUGCUCAAGGAAAAGAACGGUGUCCCUAGUAUGCCCCCAGCCCGGGUCCCCUUGGCUCCCCUGGGCAGGUGCACUACCUCUCCAGCCCCCCGCCCCCACCCCCCAGCUGACUGCAGGCCUGCUCAUCCUGGCCCACAGGAAAAGAGAGGUGAGCUGUGUGUGGCACGCUUGACCCAUGGGCUGGAGCCGCUGCGCCACCUGAAAGUGGCAGCUGGGCUGUGCUCAGUGGCCCAGGACCCAGUGGGCAGACGCUUUGUGGUGCUCGAUGGUGCAGGCCACCUGCACGUGCACAGAGAGGACGGAUGGGCAUACGAGAAGCUACAGGCCCCAGCCGUGCUCACGGGGCUGGUGGCAGUGCCGGGCCCGCUGGAUGCUGAGAGCCGCUUUGUGGGUUGGGGCCCCAAGGGGCUGGCCAUCCUAAGGCCUGACCUCAGCCUGCUGUGGCUGAGCAAGCCAGGGGUGGGCAGGGUGCCGGGCCACGAGCCCCUCUGCUGUCUGCCGGUACCCAGCCUGGGGCUGUUGCUAGUGGCAGGGGCAGGUGGCAGCCUGGUGCUCUGGAAGUUCUGUUCAGGGGGUCGCCGCCUGGUGCCAUGUGGGUCGCCUCUGCAGCUGCCACCAAGCCCUACUGGUACACUCACCCGUUUGGUUCUGGGGCCCCUGCAGUCCCACCAAGUCCCACGCUGCUUCGCGGCCUAUGGCUCCGCUGUGCUCACCUUUGAUCUGCACACCUGGGCCCUCAUAGACGUGCGCCGGGACCUGCACAAAACCGCUAUCUUGGACUUGGCCUACUGCCUAGAGGUAGAGGCCAUGGUGACAGCCUCGCGCGACAGCACGGUGAAGGUGUGGGAGGCUGACUGGCGGAUCCGGAUGGUGUUCAUGGGCCACACAGGCCCGGUGACAGCUCUGGCUGUGCUCCCGAACACGUCCCUGGUGCUGUCGGCCUCGCAGGACGGGACGCUGCGCACCUGGGACCUGCAGGCGGCAGCACAGGUGGGCGAGGUGGCGCUGAACUGCUGGGGCCGAGACGUGGCGUCUGGGCGCGUGAACCGCCUGCUGGCGCCCGCGGGCCCCAGCUGGCCGGUGCUCUCCCUGAGCGCCAGCAGCGUGGAGCUGUGGCGCCUUCGCGAGCUCUACUCGCCGCUGGCGCAGCUGUCUGCGCCAGUGCUUCACGUGCAGGUGGUGCCGCCGCUCUCCGCGCCCCCGCACCCGCUCCUGCCGGCGCGCCUCGUGUGCGCAUGCGCCGACGGCUCGGUCUACCUGGUGUCGGUCGCCACCGGGCGCGCCGUGAGCGCGCUGCUGCUCGAGCCCGAUGACUGCGCAGCCUCAGUGCUUUAUUGCCUGCCGCUCGAAGCACUGUGGCUGCUGACACGCGCCGGACACCUGGUGUGUGCCAGCGCGGCGCGCUGCCCCAUGCGCGUGCUGCACCGCGUGUGCCCGCCCCCCGCGCCUGCGCCCAGGCCCUGCUGCCUGCACCUCUACAGCCACCUCACAGACCCCGGCAGCGCGUUUGCCGGCUGGGAGACCGUGUGCCAGCAUGGGGGGGAGCCGUGCCGGAGCGAUGCAGCCCGGGCCUGGAAGGACAAGAACCGGUACCUGCCCGUGGUGGGGCACACGGAUGGCACCCUGUCAGUCCUGGAGUGGCGCUGGUCGAAGACCGUCUUCCAAACCGAGGCACACAGCCCGGGCCCCAUCACUGCCAUAGCGUCUACCUGGAACAGCAUCGUGUCCUCCGGCGGAGACUUGACAGUGAAGAUGUGGCGCGUCUACCCCUAUGCGGAGGAGAGCCUGAGCCUGCUGCGCACCUUCUCCUGCGGCCACCCUGCCGUGGGGCUCUGUGCGCUUGGGAAGCGGAUCACGGUGGGCUUUGAGGAUCCGGACAGCGCCACCUAUGGCUUGGUGCAGUUUGGCCUGGGCGACAGCCCCCGCUAUGAUCACCGGUCCCAGGAUGACCCCACGGACCACAUCACUGGCCUGUGCUGCUGUCCCACGCUCAAGCUGUAUGCCUGCUCCAGCCUGGACUGCACCGUCCGCAUCUGGACGGCGGAAAACCGCCUGCUGCGGCUCCUGCAGCUGAAUGGUGCCCCACAGGGCCUGACCUUCAGCAGCAACAGUGGGGACCUGGUGUUGGCUCUGGGCUCCCGACUCUGCCUGGUAUCUCAUAGGCUCUACCUGCCCACAUCCUACCUGGUUAAGAAGCUGUGCCAGAAGGUCCCUGAUGUGGUGGAUGACCCUCUACUACCACUGACCAGCCAGGAGUCGCUGACCUCAGCCCAGCUGCAGAGGCUCGCCAAUCUCCAUGGGGUGGCCAGUCUUAGGUCCUUGUCCCAGCAUCUGCCCAGUCCCACCAGUGAUGACAGCAGUGUCCCACCUGUGCCCAUCCUUGUCUGCAGCACACACUUGUCUUUCAUCCAUCGCCAGACGGCAACACCUCAGCAGCCAGUGUUGGAGGAGGACUUGGAAGCCCUAGUUGCCCGGGAUCAAGACCUUCAGCAGCUGAGUCUGGGGCUGGUUGUCCCGGCAGCCCAGCCCCCACCCUCCCAGCAGGAGCAGCAGGAGGCGUUUGACAACUACUUGCACCUGAUCUAUGGCCCUGGCUUGCUGGACCCGGGAGCUGUGGGCCAGCGCUUUGUCCACCCUCCCCGAGGCCCCUUGCCUAUCCCACCCAUACACCGGGGGGUCCACAGCAAGGCAUCCCAGCUGCUGGCCCGCUCCUCCCUGAGCAGUAACCUGGGCCUCAGUCUGGACCUGCAGCUGCAUUUGGAGCGGCUCCAAGGGGAGAAGCCUGUGGUCCCAGGCCCACCGGCCCUCCACCUACAACACGGGGACCCCCUCUUGAUGAAGAGGCGGCCCAAGGAGCCUCUUUCCAACCUCCGAGGCUUCUUUCCUGCCACCAUUCGGCCCUACAAGGACUUGCCGCGGCCCGUCAGCUUCCCCGGCAGCGUGCCCAACUCGGUGGUGCUGCAGCAGAUGUGGCUUCACCGGGAGGUCAGCGGCCUCGGAGCCCUCGCCCGGCACACCAGCCGCAGAAGCAAGCCAGGAAGGCGCCAGGAUGACCUGUGGCUGCCGCGGCGCAUCGGGUGGCACACGGCCAGGUGGCAGCAGAAGCUGACCGGGUGGUUGGGGGAAGAGGAGGAGGAGGAGGAGGGGCAGCGGUAUGUGGACUGGUCCUCAGAUACCCUGAGCCCACCUCCGCAGCUCUCCGAGUCCGAGGAGACGGAGGCUCAGGACUCCGAGUAUUUGACCCCGAAGCGCGCGCACUGUCACAGCGCCACCAGGACUGAGACCUGCUUUCUCCACCCCGGGCACCCCCACGGGCACUCGCUCUGGGAAGAGCGCUACGGGCAUCUGCCCAGGUUCCUGCAUUUUUUCGUCGGCCAGAACUGGUUCAAAAAGCUGUUCCCCAUCUUCACCUUGGAGGCCUACCCCGAGGUGAGCACGGUGGAGGGCCUGGCCUCGCUGUUCGUGGACCUGCUGUACGAGGCCUCUUGGGCAGACGGCGUGCACAUCUUGAAAGCGCUGCUGAGGCUGCUGCCAGACACGAGCAGAGACCUUCGUAACCAGCUGCAGGGCGUCCUCUUGCGCCUGCUCAACCUGGACCAGCCCCCCAGCCUCGAGGACCAGACGCAGAGGCAGUUCGUGAUGCUGGCUCUGCAGCUCCUCCUGGCCUGCUCCCUGGAGUCCCGCGACGUGGUGCUGGAACUCAUGUCCUACUUCCUCUACUCGCCUGCCUCCUGCAGGCCCGAGCUCAGGAAACUGCUGGAUGGGCUGGGCCUUCAGGAUCCGCAGGGCUUCCUGUUCAAGGAGAUGAUGACCUGGGUCCAGGGCCCGGACGCUGACUCCAAGGCUGCCCUGCGCCAAUGCUGCUGCCAGAAGCUGGAGGAAAUGAUCCAGAGGUUGCAGGUCCUGGGGGGCAGGGGUGGGACGGAGCACUUGCAGCCUUCCGUGGCCAAGUUGUCCGAGAUGCUGCCCAAGGUCUCCCAGACCUCGGUGUUUCCAUCUCCUCCCAAGGAGACCCUGUCGCGGAUUUCAGUGCUCGCUGGGUCACCUCAUGUCUCAAGGACACCCUCAGACCAUUCCUGGGGACCCUCCCUUGUGGUCUCACCCGGGGAGCUGAACUUGGCUGGCCUUGAGUCCAGAGCCAAGCCGAUGCCUUCACCAACGCGUCUCCGGCGGGGCAAACACACGCUGUCCGAGGCGCUGCCGCACUUCUGCCCCUCCGAGGUCCACGCGCCCUCCUCAGCACCCGCCGCGCUGCCGGAAGAGCCGCUGCCGCUGGCGCAGACGGACUGGUCCCGGUCACAGAUGCUGGACCUGGGGCCAAUCGAUGCGCUCAACUUCUUCUGCGAACAGCAGCGAGCACAGCUCGAGCAAGGGUUCCCGCAGGAGGAGCUCAAGAGACUGCGCCUGAGCCCGCGCCCACCCGAGUCCAACACCGUACUGCCCCAGCCCCGGGAUCGCUGGCACCAUCCCAUCCUCCGGCUUCAGGAGGCCAAGGUCCAGAGGUCUCCAAUGAGACUGAGGGGCUGGAUGCGGUCCCGGCUCUGGGCGGGCCAUACCCUCAGUGGCUCCAUCCGGAUGCUGAAGCUGCCGCUGCCGAGGGUAGAAGUUCAGCCUUUCCCCCCGGACUGGCCCAGGCCUGCCCGUCCGCUGCCCCCACGGCUCCUGCAACCCACCCUGCAGCGCUACUUUCUGCCAGAUUAUACAGAGACCCUGACAGCUACAGCUGACCAGGCUGUCCGCGCGCCUCCUCCCCCGCCGCGGCCAGGGGGCUGGGAGCUGGGCACCCAGACCACAAUGCCCCGGGCCUCGACGUGGCCCCGCCUCCGCACGCCGACCCCGCCCCGCGCGCAGAGUCGGCAGCCUCUGAUUGGGGGCUGCGGCUUCCGCUCCCCCGAUGGGCAGGUUCUCGAUGCCGGUGGCGGCGUGGGUGACCCGGAGGCCCCGGCAGGCAUGGGGGAGGCCCGGACUGGCACGCGCGCGCCGGCUGGUGGGCUAGCUCCCGCAGGGCUGCCGAUGCCGGAAGCCGGCGUGGAGGCGGAGGUGGCGAAGCUGCUGCCUUUCCUGGCGCCCGGGGCGCGGGCGGACCUGCAGGCGGAGGCGGUGCGGCACGUGCUGGCGCUGACCGGCUCUGGGCCCGGUGGGGCGCUGCUGGCCGGCCAGGCGGCGCUGCUGCGGGCGCUGGUCGAGCUGGCUGCGGCCCCGGCCCCGGCCCCGGCCCGCGACGCCGCUCGUGCGCUCGUCAACUUGGCUGCCGAGCCCGGCCUGCACGAGCGGCUGCUGGAGGCCGAGCCCGCGCUGCCUGCCCGCCUGCUGGACCGCGCGUUGGACCCAGCGUGGCCUUGGGCCGAGGAGGCGGCCGCCGCGCUGGCCAAUCUCAGCCGCGAGCCGGCGCCGUGUGCCGCGCUGAUGGCAGCGCUGGAGGCCGAGGAGCCGGGGGAGUCGGGCCUGGAGCGGCUGGUGCGCGCGCUGUGCACGCCCGACUACAACGCCCGGGCGCCCCUGCAUUACCUGGGGCCAGUGCUCUCCAACCUCAGCCAGCGUCCCGCGGCGCGGGCCUUCCUGCUGGACCGCGAGAGGUGCGUGGUCCAGCGGCUGCUGCCCCUUACCCAAUUCUCAGACUCCUCGGUGCGCAGGGGCGGGGUGGUGGGGACUCUCCGAAACUGCUGCUUCGAGCAUCGACACCACGAGUGGUUGCUUGGGCCCCAGGUGGACAUUCUCCCUUUCCUGCUGCUACCCCUGGCUGGGCCUGAGGAUUUCUCUGAGGAGGAGAUGGAGCGGCUGCCUGUUGACCUACAGUAUCUGCCUCCAGACAAGCAACGAGAGCCUGAUGCUGACAUCCGCAAGAUGCUCCUCGAGGCCAUCAUGCUGCUAACAGCCACAGCAUCUGGUCGGCAGCAGGUGAGAAACCAGGGAGCCUACCUGAUCCUGCGUGAGCUACACAGCUGGGAGCCAGAGCCCGACGUGCAGGUGACUUGUGAGAAGCUCAUUCAGGUGCUCAUUGGGGAUGAGCCAGAGCCGGGCAUGGAAAACCUGCUGGAGGUGCAGGUGCCUGAGGAUGUGGAGAGGCAGCUGCAGCAGCUGGACCACCAGGAACUGGAGCAGCACACCCGGGCGCGGCCAGAGGAGCUGGCCCCAGAACCACAAGCAGAGGGGGCUACACCCACCUGAGGCCCUUGCAACCCACCACCGGCUCCAGGCCCACCUUUGCCAGCCCGUCAGUCCAGG